AUGCUAAAAUCCCCCAGGUUGAAGCUGCUCCUGUGCCUGUGCCUGCACCUGUCUCUCCUGCUCUUGUCGCUCCCACACCUAUCAUUCCUGCUCCUACUCAUGUUGCUCCUGCUCCUACUCCUGUUGCUCCCGCUCCCGUGCCUAACACUCCUGCUCCCACUGCUGCAACUACCACUGCAGCUGCUGCGAUUACUACUGCGCUUCACCGCCCUAGGAGACAAUGACAGCUGCCUCAGAGAUAUAGGCAGGAUGACGCAGCUGCCCAUACGGAUGAUGGCGAGUGGAUUGACAUCAACAACGUUGGCAGCAGUGAAGACGACGACGACCCACCUCAAGUUGUAG